ACACGACUACCUUCCCUUCACAGCAUCGCGGCUGUCAGACAUCACAGGCUUCGCUUUCGUAAUUGCCCUGCGUCCCGGUCAACGCCUUCAUACACUUUAAACCUCGUUCCUUUGUACGGCGCUGGCCGGUCGACCUCCUCUCCGCGUUUCGUUGAUGAACUCUGGCCCGUCCUGCCCGCCCACUAUGUCUAUCGACGCUUUGGAAGAUAUAUUCUUCAAACGUUCAUGACCUUUGUAUUUUCGCGCAUUACUACUGCAUCCUCUGUACUCGCAUUCUUGAUGCGACGAUAAGCAGGGCUAUGCCAGUAGUCCACCAAUACUCGCCACUUCCCACGCCCAUCCAGCGCGCUACCAUUGUGAACUCGAGUCUGCCUCCUCAGGCUGUGAAUAGCACCCAGUCUGUUCUUGUCGUGUGUGCCUGGCCUGUGAGCGGCCAGUACGGGCCUGGAUCGAGAAUCCUGUACUACGCUCUUGUAGCGGCCUGCGUUCUUGCCAGACGACAAUUAUGGCUUCGAGACGCAUGUCUGGCCGCUGCGCUUCUCUUUCCAGCCGUUGCCGCGAUACACGGCAUCGUGCUGGCAGCAAUGCAUGUUGACAAUGCCGUCGACAUGGACAUUUAUGGUGCCUUUCAGCUGUGCGCCAUAGGCAUCUUGACAGCCCCGCCAACCGUUCGACUCAGCAAAACGUAUUGGAACCAGGUCCAAGGCCGAAAUGUUAUUUUUGUCUGGACAACUCUAAUCCUAGCAGGCUUACUUAGCUUGACUGUGGAGUUCUAUCGAACAUCACCUAAGCCUUGCGAGGGUCUUGCGUCAGGUAGCCCAUUCCCAUGGGGUCAAGACAAUGCCUGCGGAUUGACUUGUUCAGUCAAUGAUGGACCUUUCAGUCCUGCCAGACAAGACUCCGCGAACAACAUCUACGUCAUUCCGAUCCCUCAACGCAUCACCUUUGGAAUGGGCACACUCUUUGCAGCUGCUUGCUGCGUUCCUGCUGUGCUUUCCAUCAUCUCAAUAUGGAACAAGAUCAUUGCAGACAAUCGGGCGAAGAAAAAGAGGCUCCAGCAAAAUGCGACCAGUCGGCGUGAACAGCUGAACCGAGAAUCCAUUGACCGAACCAACAAGAUCAUCCAGAGCCUGCUAAGUGUAGUGGAGAUCCCAGUGUUCGCCGGUGCUGUCAUUGCCUUGGUUAUUCUUGGGGAGUUGAACUUUUGGAGUACACAAGUCAACUACAUGACAGAAAGAAUCGCUUCGAUCGGCCAGUGGGCUCCAAUUGCAGGCACAGGCUUGGCUGUUGUUGGUGCUCUGGCACUUCGUAUAACUGAGAUGAUUCAAAAGCACGAUGGAGAUACUGCUCCUCGUUCUUCUCUAUCUAGCUAUGAGGAAGAAAAGAGAAGGCCUACCAUCGAACUACACGGACCGGACGAUAAUCCUGUUCACGUUGAACCCAGUUAUGUCGCUGACAGUGGCCGCUUUGUUGAAGAACCAAGGAGCAUGUCGAUCAAUGUACCUGAGCUUGUUCAUGUCAAGGAAAGCACCGACCACGUAGAGCAUGCUGUGUGCACUUCGUCGGACUUGGAUCCGGAUGAACGGUUACACCACGUGGAGACAUACGCCAGCGCAAGCACGAGUGCUAGCCGAAGCAAGGACGCCGGCCGCAGCAAAUUCGCUAGCAUAGUCGCGAAAGUCACGGGGAGCCCUGGGCUCGAUCGCGACGAACUAAUAUUCCAGGCUGCGAAGAAGGAGCUGCCUGAACUUCCCGGUGAGCGCAACCGCAACCCAAUGCUACAACAACAGAUAGAACGAUUCGGUCGACACCGGAGCUCGUUUGGAGCCUCAAACGCCCCAAGCCUUUACGGUGAAAGCAAUCCCAGCACAUCAAGAGACCCAUCACCUUUCCCGAGUCCGAAUAUGCCACAUCGAAAUAGGACUCUUCCAACAUCACAUUCAGCAUCCCGGACGACAUCGAGCCCGUUGCCUGGGCCUAGAGUCAACGCCGGCGAAGCACAGGCAUCACGGACAACACGUGAUAGGACCGCGUCAGAACCAUUUGGUCCCCACGGUGGCGCGUCCAGCAGCUCGCCACUCGGUCGAAGCAUGACCCUUGAGGUGCCACAAAUGGGUCGAGGAAAAGGUAGAUGGCCGUAAGUCGCUCCAUGUUCACCUUGUCCCAGUCACGAUAUGGCCUCAUUUUUUUUUGGCAACGUCCCCCUUGAAGGCACGCUUUGCAGACAAAACGCAAGCGUUUCCACGCAAAAAGAGCUAGUGCGGCAACGCCUCUUUGUCUAGAGAUAAACAGAACUCCACAGCAGCAAAAGCUACUGGGGGUCUAUGCCGCCGCGCGGAUCCUGACGUGUCAAGACUCAUUCCUUGAUUUAGACAUAGAUGGGAGUGGGAAAAAGGAUUUACCUUUGAUCUUUAUUUUGAAGAGAUGAUGUUGAAUUUUGGGUCAUACCAUCUUCUGUGUAAAGUAGCGGGAGUAACUGACAUUGAUCUCGUGUACAUGUACUUUAUUAUGACUAGAAUUGAGAUGCAUCUCCGGGCUUUACCCUCGGUCAGGACGAUUUUUAAAAGA